UGGAACGCGUCUAUCAGUCGUGUCUGUGUGGGACCAGGUGUAGGUCUGUGGGGGUCCAGGUGUAGGUCUGUGUGGGUCCAGGUGCAGGUCUGUGUGGGACCAGGUGUGGGACCAGGUGUAGGUCUAGUGACUAUCAGCUCACCCACCAGGACGUGUUGACAUCGUCGCCGCCACGUCAGGAAGGUCCACCUCCACACUCCUCCACGUCUUGGUAAAUUGGUUGUGAUGACGAGGGAGGUGAGAAUAGAUGAUGGGAGUGAGGGCAGUGAGAGAAGAGGAAGGCGAGGCUGGAGCCUUCGCCACACAGACGAGUCCCCGCCGCGACAGUACCCGGGACAGGCGAGGGAUAGGAGGGGCUCUCCUUCUAGACCUCAGUCACCCAGGCGAGGCACUGAGGAGGGCUCUCCACUCAGUCAGUCCCCUCGCUCAAGCAGAAGAGUAAGGGCAAGGUCACCAAGACGGCAUUCACCGGAGAGACAGUCACCAAGACGGCAUUCACCGGAGAGACAGUCACCAAGACGGCAUUCACCGGAGAGACAGUCACCAAGACGGCAUUCACCGGAGAGACAGUCACCAAGACGGCAUUCACCGGAGAGGCAGUCACCAGGGCGGCAUUUACCAAGACCUCAAAAUAGAAGACAUGCCAGCCGUGAUCACUCACCAAGACGGAAUGAUAACAAACAUGCCGAUCAUGACCAAUCACCAGGACGUGUUAUGCAUGAACAGACGCUUGUCUCAACCCCUACAAACCCCAGUCGCCAGGCUAGAGGCAGCAAACAGCGCUCGCCACAGAAGGCUCAGUCCGGCCACAACCCUGGGCUUGGGGGCUACACCCGAGGCCGCCAGCACAAGCAGGGUGAGUACCGCUAUCCAUCUGCAGAUCUUGAGGGAGAGGCAACGACAGCUCGCCUGGAGGUGUUCAGUAUAGUGCUUCAUAUACUGGUCGCCGGGUCUGCGCUUGCGGUGAUUAUACCCAUGGCUAUGGUAACCACACGUUGGGAGACCGAAAGAAAACGGUGUCCGUUGUUCGUGGACAAGCCCCCGGGCUUUGACUACCGGUGGGGUUGGGGAAACCCAGAUAUGACCUCCUGUAAGGUGGCAGCCUUUUUGCCAAUUAUUAUGCUGGUGCUGUCUGUGACGCUGCUGCUCUUCCACAGUGGUCUCCUCCACAUCUGGCGCAUCAAGGAGGAGCCGCCAGCCUUCGCCUUCACCAGGAUCUACACCCUGGUGGUGCUGGCCAUUGUGGCUCUUGAGACCCUGCUGGCUCUCUGCGUGGCGGUGGUCCUGACGGAGGGGUUCAGACACACCUGCAUCUCCUUCGACCUGAAUCUGUCCUGGAAUGAAUAUGUGCCCAGCUGUCAGAAGAACUUCGCCGACCGGGACGAGGCCUAUCUCCUGGACCAGCUGCACACCUUCGCCAAGAUCAUCGUGGCCCUGGCCAGUGCUUGGUUCUGUGCAAUCACAGCCAUACUCCUCACCAUCGUUUAUAUUACACGUUCAAAGAUUUGUUCCUGUGAAUUGGUGUGCAUUUGAACCUUAGCAUGUGAGAUCAAAUAUAUAUUUACAUAUUAUUCAAACUCUAAAUAUGUUGUAAUAAUAUCUAUGGUAUUUAUUUUUGUAUAUAAAUAUUGAUGCAUACAAAACUGUCUACAGGAAUAAAAUGCAAGUAGCAGUCCCCCUUCUACGAAGUUUAAAGAAUUACUUAAAAUACUAAAACAAUGAAAUUCGAAAAUUCAAUAUUAUAAUGAAGGACUGAAUUUUAUAUUAUGUUACAUUGCAAAUAAUAUAAUUAAAAUUAUACAAUUUUCAAUGCCUCUGAUAUAAUUCCCGGUCUGGAGGCCAGGACGCCUGUACAUAGGCUUGUAUCAAGGUUCCCUAAGGUCCAACUACGGACCUUUCCCAGACUGCAGCCCACAACAGUUGCCUAACUUGUAAGUAACUUUUUAACCGUUAGGUGAACAGUUUCAUCAGGUGAAAGGAAACGUUCCCAACUAUUUCUAGCCCGCCUGUGGGUCGAACCCGGGAUUUCUGAUUGUAUAGUUAGUUGAAAACAAAGUAGUUGUAAAUAUGCAGACAGCUUUUGCAGGGAAUCAUCUCAAGUAAUUUGAAUUUAUGAUUCUAUUUAUUUUAUUGUGUGAUGCAAUGGAUGAAAGUCAAUCUUAAUGUAAAUACAUUCUAAAUUUUAUAUGCUACUACUGUUAGUUAUUAGGUGUUAUUUUAAUCAAAUUUAUAUGAGAACAAUAAAAAUCUAACACUGUAUGCUUCAA